AUGUCAACAAUUACUUAUCCGGAUAUAACUCAUAAGAAAGAAGUUCCUGAGAAAUUCAAUCCGAACAGUUAUCGAAUCAUACAUGAAGAUAUUCCGGAACAUGAGAGUAUUCCAGCAUGGUAUGGUCAUACACAUCCAUUACCUCUCUACACUGAGCCACAUCCGGAUCAAUUGCCAGCGCAAGCAUCCGAAGCACGAAAUAAUCCGCAUGCUGCGCGUAAAGUUGACAUGGUUUUUACGAAUGCUUCGACUUUCAAUGCACCAUUUGGGAUAAUCAAAACUGAUAAUGUCAAACGGGAAGAGCCACGCUGGUGGGAUUGGUCACCGCCGAAAGGAGAUGUUUAUGGACCGGGAGUGCGAACGCAAGAUGAUUGGAAAAGGAUACAAGAGAGUUCAUAUCGAAAUGCAUACGCAACUGCGGGUGUUGUUGGAUCCUAUGCAAAGAAAAAUUCACGGUAUUCAUCCAAUCCACCACACAUGCGAACAGUUGGAAUCGUUCCUGUUACGGAUUAUAAACCAGACAAUCUCCAAUUUGUCAAUCAAAAGCUAACUGAAGCGGUUUCCUUUGAACAACAGUAUGAUAGUCGAAGCGCAACUAACUAUCCUUUGCGUGGAAAACGACAUGGAGCAUUCAUUAUAAGAGAACAGAAAUCUGAGGAGAAACCAAUGGAACGAUGGGACACAACCACAUCAGGAAAAAAGGAACGACCAUCGAGUAUGUGGGAUUUACUUCAUCCCAAAGAAGAUGUUCUUGGGCAAAGACCACAUAAUCCAUAUAAAUAUCGCCGUCCAUUGCCUCAGAUUAAACGAACUCCUGAUUAUGGUCAAGUAUGGCAAAUCGCUCCUUAUGCUAACGACUUUCAAUUUGAUCCUCACUUAUCACAACCGUCUGCUGUUAAAGAGAUUCAUUUUGAUUAA